AUGGCGGAGGGCAGCGGCAGCGCCGGCGGCGCGAGCGGCCGGGGGCCGCCGUGCCCCGGGGCGGCCUCGGCGUUCCGGCGCUGGGAGCAGCUGCGGCGGCGGGCUGCGACACCUUGGGCCCGCGGGCUUCUGGCCGCGGCCGCCGGGCUCGGGCUCCUGUACGCGGUGCUGCGGGUGCCGGUGCGGCUCCGGGACGGCCUGGCGGCCGUGACCAUGUUCUUAAGCACUUUGACUCCAAAAUUCUACUUUGCCCUGACAGUAACUUCAUCUUUUAUAUCUGGACUGAUAUUUGUGUUUGAGUGGUGGCACUUCCGAAAGUAUGGCACAUCUUUCAUCGAGCAGGUUUCUGUGAGCCACCUGAGGCCCCUCAUCGGGGGUGCAGAGAGCAGCCCCCCAGCCCCAGCAGCCUUCUCGGCCGGGGAGAAUGAGAGCAGCAGGCAGAACAUGCCAGAGUGCAAAGUGUGGCGAAAUCCUCUCAAUCUUUUCAGAGGGGCAGAGUAUAGCAGGUACAUGUGGGUGACUGGGAAGGAGCCUCUUACUUACUAUGACAUGAAUUUGUCUGCUCAAGAUCAUCAGACCUUUUUCACAUGUGACACAGAUGCCCUUCGGCCUUCAGACACAGUUAUGCAGAAAGCGUGGAGAGAGAGGAACCCGCAGGCCCGCAUUAAAGCAGCGUAUCAAGCUCUGGAGUUGAACAAUGAUUGUGCUACUGCAUAUGUCCUCCUGGCUGAGGAAGAAGCAACAACUAUUGUGGAUGCUGAGAAAUAUUUCAAGCAGGCUCUGAAAGCAGGAGAAAUGAUUUACAAAAAAUCUCAGAACUGCCAUUCCCAGAGCCCCCAGCAUGAAGCACAGCUGAGAAGAGAUACCAAUGUAUUGGUGUAUGUGAAAAGGAGACUAGCUAUGUGUGCCAGGAAACUUGGCAGAAUACGAGAAGCAGUAAAAAUGAUGAGAGAUUUGAUGAAAGAGUUUCCACUUCUCAGUAUGCUGAAUAUCCAUGAAAACCUCCUAGAGGCCCUUCUGGAGUUACAGGCUUAUGCAGAUGUCCAGGCAGUUUUAGCCAAGUAUGAUGAUAUCAGUCUUCCCAAAUCAGCAGCAAUAUGUUACACAGCAGCUCUGCUAAAAGCCAGAGCUGUUUCAGAAAGGUUCUCCCCAGAAACUGCCUCCAGGAGAGGACUUAGUACAGCAGAAAUUAAUGCUGUGGAAGCAAUUCACAGAGCUGUGGAAUUUAACCCUCAUGUUCCAAAGUAUUUACUAGAAAUGAAGAGCCUAGUGCUCCCUCCAGAGCACAUUCUGAAGCGAGGGGACAGUGAGGCAGUAGCAUAUGCUUUUUUUCACCUCCAGCACUGGAAGAGGAUAGAAGGGGCUCUCAAUCUGCUGCACUGCACAUGGGAAGGCACAUUUAGGAUGAUCCCAUACCCAUUAGAGAAAGGACAUCUUUUCUAUCCCUACCCGAGCUGCACAGAAACAGCAGACAGAGAACUGUUGCCAACAUUUCACGAAGUCUCCGUCUAUCCCCAGAAGGAACUUCCCUUUUUCAUCCAUUUCACAGCAGGCCUGUGUUCCUUUUCAGCCAUGCUGGCCCUCCUUACCCACCAGUUCCCUGAGCUGAUGGUCAUUUUUGCAAAAGCUGUGCUGCGGGUGCUGUGGCCAGUGAGUGCUCCCAGCGUUCUGGCCUCCAGCUGAAGGGACUGCGCCCGGGUGCUUUGGGACUCUUCUUUCACCCUUCAUCUUCACUCUGGAACACACUGAGGACCUGCUGCUGUCCAGCCCCUGGCAUCAGCUGACUGGUGUGACUGGCGUGUAUUUUCCAUGAUAGUUUGAUUUUAUUCUUAUGAGCCUCACUUGGUGGUUGGCUGAACCCCAGUUGUGGGAGCCAAGGAAGAAAUCUGGGCUCUUCAAACUGAUAUUCUUGACUGGCUUCCAUGCUCAUGGUGCUUAACAUGUGAAUUUCUCCUUUGGCCUUAAUCUGUAAUCAUCUAAGAAAAUAGUUCUUGUUGAGCAAUAGUUUAUUGCUCUCUAAAUCAGUUGGACAACGGGAAGCUCAUACUUCCUCUGUAAGAAAGGAGAAUACACAAACUGAGCAGGUGUUUGGAGUACUGAUGCUUCCUUCUCAGCUGCAGAUGCACCAGAUACUUGGCUUAGAUUUAAUUUCAUAAGCCUUUUUCAAAAUAUUUGUUAACAGCAAAGUAUGGUUCUGCUUUCUUUAUUAAAAGGUUGCUACUUAACACAUUGAAUUUGUUGACUUCUUAAGUGUCUGUUAAAUAUAGAUUACAAUGUGCAAACAAAGAUUUGUUUCUUCUCUAUCGUAUGAGCUUGCAUUACUCAAGGAGAUGGUAAACUCCUCUGUUUCACAUUACUACUUUAGAUUUAAUUGUGCGUCUUUUAUUCUUCAAGACGAGGCAUUUUGAAAGACAGGAUGGCUUCUGAAACUGCCCAAAGUGUUGUGGUAUCUGCAGGGGAGUCUGUUGGGAGACCUGAACAUUCAAGUGUUAGUAGUUUCAGUGUUGUUAUGAAGACUUGAAGAGAAUGGAGAUGUGGAAAACUCUUGAAAGGAUUUGCUUCACAUGCAGAGCAGCCCUGAGGGUUUGUUUACUGCAGAAGUGAAAAGAUGGCUGUGGCAGCCACGUGGUUUGAGGUAAUUGGUGUGACUUCCAUUUCCACUCUCCCAUUAGAGCGAAAGAAGAAUUAAUUACUUUUCUUUUUGCUUAUUUUCAAAUCCUUCUUUGCCUUUUAAACCAAGUUCUGUGAAGUAGAAAGUCACCUCUGCAUCUCAUGUAAAUGUAGUUUAUUUAGAACUUUGAAGGGAAACGUACUUGCUUAGGUGGACAUGCCAUUGUUUGCUCUCCACUGUAUAUUUCUGUUGACUGGACUUAAAUCCAGGUUAACUGUUUGAAUUCAUCAAGGAAUCAAAAGGCAAGCCCUACAGAAAGAUACUACCAGUGUUUUUAGAGUUACCUAACUACUGGAAUGUAAUUUUCUCAACUUUUUUUCCUGUUGGUCACUGGGGCUGUUUCUCACCUUGGAAUCACUGUGGUGAUUAAUAGGCCUGUUGUGUUCAUGUGAUUUCACUUCAUGGUCUGCAGGGGCCCAUAAGGUAACCAGCCUAAUGCUUUUUAAAGUUGAACCUUUUCCAGCAGUUGUGUGGGGUUAUAAAUGAAGCUCUGCCUCCCAUGUAUCAUCCCAAGAGCUGCUUUCUCUCACUGUCCUCCCUUGACAUAACAGUAACAGAAAGGGGAUGGGCUUGUUCUGAAAGGAGAGCUGGCAGCAGGCUGUGUAAUGAAAAUCUUCCUGUCUCUAGAAGUGCCAGCAAUCCUAGGAAGGAGUUCUGUCUAUGCAGGAUUGUCCAUGUUUUUGGGAAGUGUUCCUUUGCCACUUAGGAGCAGACACCUGACCCAUACCUUAGUAAUACCAUAUCAAUUGUGUGUGUGUAUAUGCACAUAUACAUCUGUAUGUAUAUAUACAGUCAAAAUUACGAUUAUUACUCAGGACAAGAUGAAUAUUGAUGUAACUUCUUUGAAACAAGGAGUGUGGUGACUUUACAGCCGUUGGGAUGGCAAUACCUUUUCCACAAGGCUUUAUGUGGCAGAGGUGAGGCAGUUCAGACUAAUAAAUAUUUCAGGGUAACAAGGUCUGUUCAUUGCAGCCGUAGUUCAUGUGAGCUAUAAAUCACAUCAGAAUUCUGGGGAGUAAUCUCUGACAGGUAUUUGCCUUGCUGGGAGCCCUUCAUUUUUGAAAUUUGGAAUAGAUGCCUGUUAGUGGCUUUUACGCAUGUAUGUCUGUGGCAGAAGGACUUUUCAUGCUGUCAGACACCUUGGUCACUGAGGUUAUGGGGACAAAUUCAUAUGGAGAUGGCCCUGGAGGGGUUCUCCAUCCAGAUUUGUCACAGGCCAGUUCCCUUCCUGCAUCUCUCCAGCACUGGCUAGGCAGGUUUAUUCCCUGCUCCUCAUCCUGGAAUUGUUGUGAGGGUGCCAAGCCUCAUAGAUCCAUGACUCUGAGCAAGGCAGGGUGUAAAGGUCGUAGUUGAGACCAUUAAUAACAAGGUGCAAACGGCUGGUUUAUAUGUAAUGUGAAGCUUUUUACUUAUUUCAUUUUUGCACUUUGGGGGCUCUGUUUGCUUAUGGAGCGCUUGGUGUCUGGUACCUAUUUAGCCUGAGAGCAGGCAAUUGGGUUCCUUCAGGCCUUCAGAGGAAUGCAGAAAAUUGUUCUCUGGUGUUGUAAUUCUGCUGGGAUAACUGGAGCUUAUUUGUCUCACUGCUUAUUAAAUGCAUACUUGUCUAGA